AUGUCUAGUGGAGUGGGUAGCCAAACCAUGGACAUCAAACUACAGUUGGAAGCCAUGAUGGGGGAGUUCAAGCGAUUGCUCAAGAAUGAAAUUGAGCCAUUGCAUGAUCGAAUUGAUCAGUUGGAGAACUCGAGACCUCCACCUACCCCGAGUAAGGGCAAAGAAUCGGCAUACUCAAACGAUGAAGAGGAAGCGUUUGAGGGAAGGUACCAAAAUGAUCAAAGGUUCCAACGUCGAGGAGACGACACCAUUAAAGGUGUCAAACUCAAGAUUCCCUCAUUCCAAGGCAAGUCGGACCCCGAGGCGUACUUGGAAUGGGAACGGAAAAUUGAGUUAGUCUAUGAAUGCCACACCUAUACGGAGGAGCAAAAGGUGAAACUAGCAGCCGUAGAAUUCACUGACUACGCCUCCAUUUGGUGGGACCAACUUAGACUAAGUCGAAGGAGAAAUCGUGAGAGACCUUUGGAAACUUGGGAGGAAAUGAGGAGUCUGAUGAGAAAAAGGUUUGUUCCGAGCUACUAUAGUCGAGAUCUACACCGUCGGCUACAAGCUCUCAACCAAGGGUCCAUGUCAGUUGAGGAUUAUUACAAGGAGAUGGAAAUGGCCAUCAUGAAGGCGGAUUUGCGUGAAGAUGGAGAGGCCACUAUGGCUCGUUUUCUACAUGGAUUGAGGCCCGAGAUUGCCGAAGUAGUGGAACUUCAACACUACCUCGACAUGAAUGAAAUGCUCGAGAAGGCGGUUACAAUUGAACUACGCCUCAAGAGGAGGGGUACUGCGCGACAAAGCACUACUUAUCAAGCUGGAAGUUGGCGCACUUCUCAACCAAAAAGGGAGGAGAAAGCCGCAGCUCCUUCUUACCCUCCAAGGCCGAAUGGCCUCCCUUCCAAGGCAACGCCCAAGCCUGACUUUAAGGCUAAUAAUGCAGCUACCAAACCGCGUGGUCGAGACACCAAGUGCUUUAAGUGUCAAGGAUUUGGCCACAUCGCUUCUCAAUGCCCCAGCCAAAGGACCAUGCUGAUGUUGCCAAAUGGGGAAAUUGUAUCAGAUGAGGAAGAGGAGUAUGAGGGGAUACCGCCUCUAGAAGAGGAAGAGAAUGAAUCGAGUGAGGAGAUACCUACGCAUGAGGAGAUUGGAUGCCUAGUGGUUCGAAAGGUCCUCACUACCCGCGCCAAAGAGGAGGAACUGGAGGUACAACGGGACAACCUUUUCUACACAAGGUGUCAUAUCAAGGAUAAGGUGUGUAGUGUUGUUAUUGAUAGUGGGAGUUGUGCCAAUGUCGCUAGUCUACUCAUGGUAGAAAUGCUAGGGCUCCAAGUUAUCAAACAUCCAAGACCUUAUCGCCUUCAAUGGUUGAACAAUGAAGGGGAAGUCCGUGUGUUUAGACAAGUAAAAGUGCCAUUCCGAAUUGGCAAGUAUGAAGACGAGGUUACUUGUGAUGUCGUGCCAAUGCAAGCAAGUCACCUCAUUCUUGGACGGCCUUGGCAAUAUGAUCGCGAUGUCGAAUUCAAGGGAAGAGCUAAUAAAUAUGUCUUUACUCAUUGCAAUAGAAAGGUGACACUUGUACCUCUCACCCCAAAACAAGUGUAUGAAGAUCAAAUGAGGCUCCAAAAGGAGUAUGAGGUAGAACUUGAGAGGAAAAAGCGAGAGAAAAGUGAGGAAGAAAAAAGGAGAGAGUAG